ACUGCGAGAUCAUGACCUGAGCCAAAGUCGGCCGCUUAACCGACUGAGCCACCCAGGCGCCCCAAUAAAUAAAUAUUUUAAAAAAGAAAAGAAAACCAGUACUUGGAGCUGCAGUUGAUAGAGAUUUUGUGCAGCCCCACACAAAUGAGCGGGUCAGUCAGCCCGAGCUAUGCGCCAGUGAGUUGAAGAUCCAGUUUCAACUCUGCCAGCUGUAAACUUAAGAGUACAUUUUCUCUGUGAAGUGAGGUGAAUACUUUUCCUGACAGCACAGGAAAGGUUACCUUAGCGGCCUUGGGGGAUGAUCCAGAGGACUGCAGUGACUAGAAUGACACUUACCCAUCAGCUUGCAGGUUGUGGCCCAUCUCAUUGACCACAUAGCACCCAGGAGGAGCUUUACAAUAACCCUGCGGAAUAUAUGUUGUCCUGAAUGUCUGCUACUGCAGGGAGAGGCAGGCUGCAGAUCCACUGAGCUCCCAGCACCACAAGGAUGGGCAGAGUUCUCCAUAUCCACACCUAGACAGGCUGUGAAACUUAAAAUGGUUAAGAGUUAACAUUUUAAUAAGCAUUCAAUUCAAGAUUUUGAGAAAUUGCCCUAGUGUCCCCCAAAGAUAGGAGGAACAAAACACAUGAUCCAAGACUAAAGGAGAAAUAAAAUUAGAAAUGGAGAGUGGAUGGGAGUAGAAUGAAAAGAACCUACAGUUAAUUUUCUUGAGGGAUAAAGUACUAAAUAAUCCGCGUGAUUAACCAAGGAGUAAAAAACGAAAGUUUUAGAAAUUAGAAAGUUGUGGAGAAUGAAGAUUUCAAGUGUCAUGCAUGAUUAUUACUCAAAAUGGUGCCUGUGGCCCAGCAAGGAGCGGCCAGGGAGCGCUACCCCCCCCCCCCCCCCCCCCCCCCCCCCCGCUUCCUAAUAUCCCUUAACUGGGGCACUUUUCAAGCCCAGCCCUGCUGGGAAUCCGGGAAAUUGUCAUCCUUGGCUUCCUGAGUUGUUCUCAGGGCAGUUUGAAGCUCUGAGAACGCUAACUGGAAGUGGGGAAAUGAAUUUUGCUUUUAAAUCAACAAUCUGGAGGGGAAAAUGAACCCCCAGAAAUCCUAGGGAACAGGAAGGUAAUUAAAUCCUGAAGACAAGGAUAAAUAUAAAUGAGUUGGGAAGGGCAAGCCCCCAAAUAAAAUUAAUAGAAAAGUUUGUUUAGGGGAGGAGGUCAGAAAUAGGAGAUCAACGUAGUUAUUUUUAUCAAGGAAAAAAAAUCCCUUGGACUAGGAUUUUGAUUCUAGGACUCUUGAUCUUGUGGUGAAUUCGAGCCCCACAUUGGGUGGGGAUUACUUAAAAAGUCUUUUAAUAAAAAUCUGUUUAAAAAAAAAAAAAAAAACCUAGGAAAGGAGUGACUGGCGAUGGCCGAGAUUAAAAGCUCGGCCCAGGACGUGUUUUGCAACCCCAAGCGCCCAAGGCCCGUCCGGGGCAGCGGGCCCGGCCCCACCCAUCGCUGGUGACUCCUGACCUCGAGCUGACUCACUUCUCGAAGAGCGUGCCAGCAAUUUCCAACACCGGUUAGAUCUGUGAAACCAGUAAACCGAGGAAACCAUAGACGAGCCAAGAGUGUCCUGUGGCUCAGUUGGACCCUCAAGUGGAUCCUCUUCCUGCUGGGAAUCCCCUGAUGAAGAUCGAAGUCGUUGAAGUCCUCACACUGAACCAAGAGGUAGCUCGUCCCCGAAAUGCCCAGAUUCGGGCCCUCUAUGCUGAAGACGAGGGCCUAAGCCCAGAAGUACUUGGGGAGCCCACUCAACAGCUAGGCAAGCAUCCAGCUGACCCUGAGGCUGCACGCCAGAGGUUCCGGGGGUUCUGCUUCGAGGAGGUGGCAGGGCCCCGAGAGGCCCUGGCCCGGUUGCGUGAGCUGUGCCGCCAGUGGCUGCAGCCCGAGGCGCACUCCAAGGAGCAGAUGCUGGAGCUGCUGGUGCUGGAACAGUUCCUGGGUGCGCUGCCCAGGAAGCUCCAGAGGUGGGUGCAGUCACAGCACCCAGAGGACUGUCAGGAGGCAGUGGCCCUGGUGGAGGAUGUAACCUGGAUAUCUGAGGAGGAAGCAUUACCUGCCCAGGACCCCACCUGCUCUCUUGAGACCACAGCUCCUCAGGAAGAGAAGGAGGAGAACAUGACCACCUGGCCGGCAAAGGCGCCACCUGAGGAACCAGUGACCUUCCUCGAUGUGGCUGUGGACUUCAGCAAGGAAGAGUGGGGGCUGCUGGACCCAAUGCAGAGGACCGAGUACCACGACGUGAUGUUAGAAACCUUUGGACACCUCGUGUCUGUGGGGUGGGAGACUACACUGGAAAGUAAAGAGUUAACUCCAAAGUCUGACAUCCCUGAGGAAGAACCAGCCCCUGACCUAAAAAUGGAAGAAUUCUCAAGGGAUGACACCUGGUCCUCUACCUCAAGAGACAUCUUGCAGGGUGGGACCCAGGAAGUCUUGGACACAGCACUGAAGCAAGUGGAGCUCACUCAGGAAGAAACCCUCCCUCAGAAAAGCCCCCAGUCCCAGGCAAACGCUGGCCUUGUCACCAGCCCUAUUUCACUCCAGAAAACUCUGCCCAGGAAACGCUUGCGCAAGCGUGGCUCGCGGGUUAAGAAGGUGACGCGUGGUCCAUGUGUAAAAAUUCAUCAGAAGGGCCACAAAGGGGAAAAAGCCAGAGAAAACAGUGGUUGUGGGAGAGCCUUCAGCCGGAGCACUCAGCAGAUUACGUUCACAAGAAUUCACAAAGGGAGCCAAGUUUGCCGAUGCAGUGAAUGUGGCAAAACGUUCCGGAAUCCAAGAUAUUUCUCUGUACAUAAAAAAAUCCACACAGGAGAGAAGCCCUACGUGUGUCAGGACUGCGGGAAGGCGUUUGUUCAGAGCUCCUCCCUCACACAACAUCAGAGAGUCCACACCGGAGAGAGGCCUUUUGAGUGUCAUGAGUGUGGGCGGACCUUCAAUGACCGCUCGGCCAUCUCCCAGCACUUGCGGACUCACACCGGAGCCAAGCCCUACCAGUGUCAGGACUGUGGGAAAGCCUUCCGCCAGAGCUCCCAUCUCAUCCGGCACCUGAGAACGCACACGGGGGAGCGCCCCUACAUGUGCAGCAAAUGUGGAAAGGCCUUCACCCAGAGCUCGCACCUCAUUGGGCAUCAGAAGACGCACAGUGGGGUGAAAUGCAAGAAGAAACAGCCUACCUCAUAGCCCUCGAGCUGAGCCGGUUGAAGAGACAUGGCCUUUUCAGCCUGAUCCUGCAAUGUAACACGAACGGGCGUGGCUGGCAUUUGGAACUGAAUAUGAAAAGCAGCACUGAGUGAUGACCUUAUCAAGACCAAAGGACAACCAGGGAGACCAUCCUGCUCACAAGUAAAUGAGAAAACUGGUGGGGAGUUGUUGCUAGUGAAUAUAAGUUGGAAAAACAUUUAAUUUUUCACUCACUUGAUUUGCUGUUAUAAUUUGUUUGCUCAUUUGGUCAUUAAAAGUGAUACUAGUGAAACCUGACCAUGUUUAUAAUGUAAGUUUAAAAAGCCAGGUACCAAAAAGUCUGUGCACUGAUAUUAUAUUUGUGGUAUUUAUGCAUAUGGACAAGGACUAAAAGAGAACAAAGAUAAAUAAACUAUAUAUUUCUGUGAUAGAAA